CGCUUUCCAAGGUAACACGUGGGGCGAUUGGUUGAUAGAAGGAGCCAAAACGCAGUUCCAACCGAAAUGACCGAUGCAGAUGGCCGUUCUUCCCAGUGCAGUGUAGACGGAUCCAGAAGAAAAAAUUGCGUCAUAUUCAACGUUGUGGACAUAAAAGAUGCGUCCAGCGAUGCAUCUGUCACCAACCAAAUGGAAGGUUCGACAAGAGACGUGGAGAAGAUCAAAGCUGUCUUCGGCAGUCUGCUAGAGUUCGACGUACGCAACCACUCCGACCCGCGUGCAUCAGAAAUUCUCAGCGUCCUCGAGCAAGAAGCAAAUGAAAGUGAAAGAGACAUCAGCUGCUUGGUGUGCUGGAUCAUGACCCACGGCGGCAACGGAGCUAUCAAAGGAGCUGACGGAAACGAAAUCAACCUAAAUCAGUUACCAGGCGUGCUGAAUACUUCUCGCCUCAAGGGGAAGCCCAAACUUUUCUUCAUACAGGCGUGUCAAGCGGACGAGAGUGAAACGUUUACGAGGAACUGGGGUUGCUAUAUACCAACCUAUCCGGACUUCUUAUUCAGCUUUGCGACAACUCCAGGAUACAUGGCUUGGAGGUCAACAGAGAAGGGGUCAAUCUACGUGGAAGCCAUUUGUAACGCCUUCGAAAAGAGCUUCAAUGCUGUCGACAAGGUGGACGUGACAAAAGUUUUAAAUAAUGCAGCUCGGCAAGUAGCGAUAGAAUUUGAGACGCAGUCCAGCGAUGCGGUAUUCACCAGAUGCAAACAAGCUUUAUGUUACUUUUCCACUCUGACACAAUCAUUGUACAUCACUCCACCGAAGCAGGGACCAUAAACUGAACGAGCGUAGAAAUGCGGGGUACGGAACACACGGAACGCAGCAGUUGGUUUGUACACUUCCUCGUCCGUGUCCCUGGCUACGUUCCGCGUAUCAUUAUGUACAGGGACCAUAGUUUGGAGAACAUUAAAACGGAAUUUUGCUCGAAAUAAAAAUGUAC